AUGAACCCCAUGAUGCAUCACACACCCGCCGAAGCCUCGGGUGACUCUCGGGCCAGUGGAAGCUCCUCUCAUGAGCUUCAAAAGCUCGACAGAGUCUCGAAGCUGCUCGUAGGUUUCAUCUCGCAGUUGAACAAAGAAGAAUAUGAAUCUUCCAGGCUCAAGGCUUCUAUUGGAACUGCUCUCUUCAAGCACGUGAUGAGAUAUGCACCAGAGAACAGUCACUACUUUAACCGGGAUCGUUUAGUCGUGUCAGGACAUUACGCUGGCAGAUGGCAAGACUUGUUUGUGCAUCUCAUUGCAGCAAAGGGCAUCGCCGUCGACCCAUUAGGAGUUGCCAGCGUCUUUUCCAGAACAACAACUCUUCCGUGUCACUCAAAUCAAGCAAUCUCGAGUGCUAUAGGUCAGGCAAUUGCAAUGAGAAACCUUACGAUGCUCUACAACAAGCCAGGCCUGGAGCUGCUAGACAACAUGAUUUGGUGCGUCAUCGACGAUGCCAAGUUUCAGCAGGACAGUGCUCUUAAUACAGUCGCUCUUGCCGGCAGUUGGAAGCUAAGUAAUCUUUGUAUUAUUUACGAUAGCAUGUAUGAUCCAAUGAGCGAUAAGCUUGAAGUUAACAACCUCAAGACGCGUGGCUGGAAUGUAAUUGAACUAGUGAAUGACGACGACCUCACUAUCACCGCUCUGUGUACGGCCCUCAGUACCUCAAGAAGAAGCAAUGCGCCGACCUUGAUCAGUGUCCAGUCGCCCAACAGCUCCUUGUCACACUGGCUACACUCUCAUCCCAACAACAACACUCCGCUCUACCUCCCACCAGAACUUUACGACGUCUUCCAAGAUGUUUUCAAGAAAAGCAACCUCUACGAGGCUGAUUGGCUGGUGAGGGUGAAGAGAUACCGGGAACUGUACCCAGCGCUCGCCAGGGAGUUCUGGAAUCACGUUGCCGGCAAGCCAGCCACCAUCACUCAACACCAAACUGCCCUCACUGGCCCAAUAACUCCACCUCUAUCGCCCUGGCCAGCUGAGCAGCCCUCUCGGAGAGGAGAACACAGCUCCCUCGGAAGAGACAAGUUUUCACCGCACCCAGACAGGCGUUCGAGGCCAGGUAGAACAAAGCCCGAAACCCUUCAUAUCCGCCCCUGCGACGCCGAAGAGGCUGCAGGUGCCUUUCUCGUGUCCAUCAGAUCGACCAAGUUACCAACAACUAUUUCCUUACCACAGAAUGGUGCCGCAAGCUUUCCUGAUCACUCGUCUCGUCUAGGUGUGACACUUGGAGCUUACGCCUUCUCUAAAUGUCACGACGAGGACUUUGACUUGACUCUCAUAACCGCUGGUGUUGGGAUUCACUAUGCCAUGGGCACGCAGGAGUUUCUCAUAAGGGAGUAUGGUCUGAAAGCUAGAAUAGUGUCAUGUCCCUGCCUUAGGCUUUUUCAGCUGCAGACAGAGGAGUACAGGAGAUCUGUCCUUCAGGUGCAGAGCAGGAAACCGACGGUGGCAAUUGACUUUGGGAAUAGCCAGGGCUGGAAGCCUUAUGCAGACGCGUUAGUGUUGUUGAAAGAAAGCGUGAAUGUAGAAAUAGAGGCCAAUAUGCCGAAUAGGAUUGGACCUAGGGUUAAAGACUUUGUUAAGGAGUUUAAAAAGAGAAAUACUUGA